AUGAGAAUAUGUCCAGAAAUUGGGAUUUUUGUCAAAUACCCAACAAAUUGGCCAAGUGAGGUUUUAUGCAUCUUCGAGAUAUCAAGGCUGAGCGUGACGACCCGAGACCAGCAUGAGGAAGAAAUCUCCCUCGGUUCCUCGCUCCGAACGUCAUGGCUGUUCGUAGCGGAAUGUUUAAUUGAAUAUUCAGAAAGCUUCGUCUCACUGCUAACUUCAUCUAAGUGGUUGUCAGGUGAUGACCCCACAAGUACAUCUCAAGAGGCUGGUGGUGCACCAUCAUCAAGAAGCUACAGUAGUGAACCAGGCCCAUCUACAUCUCGACAAACUGAUGCUGCACGUUUAAGAAGAGGGAGCAACUACUCCCAUACAGGAGAUGGCAAAUCACAGACUAGGUCUUUUCUGGAUCUCCUUGAUGAAAGUGACUUCAGUGAGAGUGAUGAUGACUGGCUACCCGAGGCAGUGACGUCAUCUGGGAGACUAAUUGGAGUUGAAGAAGCUGUCACUUCUUCGGACUCGGAUUCUGAAGAGGAUCUCCAGGAGAUAUCUGUAUCUUCAACUGCUGGGGAGCCAAGAAGAUUGUUUUACCUACGAAAUAAAUCUUUCGUAGACCAUGCUCCUCAGAAUGCAACAGAAAAUUUAGGAGCUUGUAACUUACUGAAACCAAUUGAGUAUUUCCUAUCUUAUGUCAGUGAGGAUUUUUUGGGAGAUAUUGCAAUGUAUACAAAUAUGAAAUCAAUUGAAACUACAGGUGCAUGUAUUAACACAAACAGCAAAGAAAUUGCCACUUUCAUAGGAAUGACAUUUGCUAUGUCAAUCAUAAAGAUGCCAAGAAUUAGAAUGUAUUGGCAGUCAAAAACUAGGAUCCCUUGGAUAGCUGAUAAAAUGGCAAGAGACAGAUUUUUCCGUCUCAGACAUUCGUUAAAGGUUAUUAAUGAUAACACUGUAUUGGAAGACGACAAAAAAGUGACAGGUUAUGGAAAGUAAGACCUUUGUUGGAAGCAGUACGAAC